GAUGGCCGGGCGAGAGUGUCACUACGCAAAGGGCAGAUGUUAAGUUUGACAAAAAAGAGAGAGUAGACUGUCUUGUUGACUUAUAGUGACUUUAAAGAUUAGCGUUUUUGUCUGCCUGGGCAGUGUCUUCAGUACAAGGCUAGUGGGUGUGACUCCCUCCCCCCUCCCCUCUCCGGUUGGUUGACGGAGGUUGUCAAGCUCCCUAGCUGUAGCCUGCGUUCGGGAAGGGCUGCUCCUCGGAAAACUAACGCUAGCUGGCUAGCUAGUUAGAAAGCUAGCGUUGUGGUGUUCGUUGAUGCGUGGAUCGGAGGUAUACGCCGUCUUGUUUUCCAGUCAAUGCCAAAACGCAAAAACAAACGCAAAUUGAAUCAGAUCAACAAGUGCCCCAGUAGCUGGAGUAAGGUAAUUGAAAAAGCAGGCUAAAAUGAGUGAACUGGACCAGUUACGCCAAGAGGCAGAGCAGCUCAAAAAUCAGAUCAGAGAUGCCAGGAAAGCAUGCGCAGAUGCCACACUAUCACAGAUCACAGCUAAUAUUGACCCCGUUGGACGAAUCCAGAUGCGUACAAGACGAACGCUGCGGGGUCAUUUGGCUAAAAUCUAUGCCAUGCAUUGGGGAACAGAUUCCAGGCUCUUGGUCAGUGCCUCUCAAGAUGGCAAACUCAUUAUUUGGGACAGCUAUACCACAAAUAAGGUUCACGCCAUUCCUCUUCGAUCUUCCUGGGUCAUGACUUGCGCAUAUGCACCUUCAGGAAAUUAUGUGGCCUGUGGUGGCUUAGACAACAUCUGCUCCAUUUACAACCUGAAAACACGUGAGGGGAAUGUACGUGUGAGCCGUGAGCUUGCUGGACAUACAGGAUACCUGUCCUGUUGUCGCUUUCUUGAUGACAACCAGAUUGUUACAAGCUCUGGAGAUACCACUUGUGCACUUUGGGACAUUGAGACUGGCCAGCAGACAACCACAUUUGCUGGACACACAGGUGAUGUCAUGAGCCUGUCAUUGGCCCCUGACUCACGGUUAUUCGUCUCUGGUGCUUGUGAUGCCUCUGCUAAACUCUGGGAUGUUCGAGAGGGCAUGUGCAGACAGACAUUUACCGGCCAUGAGUCUGACAUCAAUGCCAUCUGUUUCUUCCCUAAUGGCAAUGCCUUUGCCACGGGCUCCGAUGAUGCCACCUGCAGGCUGUUCGAUCUGCGUGCUGAUCAGGAAUUAAUGAUCUACUCUCAUGACAAUAUCAUAUGUGGCAUCACCUCUGUUGCAUUCUCAAAGAGUGGCCGUCUUCUCCUGGCGGGAUAUGAUGACUUCAACUGCAACGUGUGGGACACACUAAAAGCUGACCGUGCUGGUGUGUUGGCUGGACAUGACAACCGUGUUAGCUGCCUGGGAGUUACUGAUGAUGGCAUGGCAGUUGCAACGGGAUCCUGGGACAGUUUUCUGAAGAUCUGGAAUUGAAGUCUGAAGAUGUUCUUUUAACUCCAAAGUUGACUGGAAGACCAUUACAACUUCAGAAUGUUCACAGCAUCUUCUUCAACACUGUUUAAACUGACUUGGACACCACAAAAACGAAGGGAAACCAAUGCCUUUCCUACACAAAGAAGAGCACAAUUGUUUAUCACCUAGUUAAGAAAGGAUCUCCUGUGGUAUCAAAUCAGAAACUUGCGCAUUCCUUCUUGGACCAUUUUAUGUUACCUUGAAAGAGAAAACAACACUAUCAUCCCAUGCAAAUGUGUGUGUCUUGAAAGCAAAUGUUGGAGUGUAAUUGUACAAAUUAUUUAACUUUUUUUUUUUUUUUUUUUUUUUUUUUUUUUUUUUU